UAGCCAUUUAAUUAUUCAGUCUUAGAUGCAUUAUUUCGCAGUUUGUUAUUAGUGUUACGAUAAUAUCGUGUCAGGAAUUAAGAAAUAUAAGACAAGAUGUUAAAAAAGAGUGUCAGCUCAGCGAUAUUUCUCUGCUUCCUCUAUCAAAUAGGUACAGGCAUGUUUACUGCGAGCUAUCCAACCAACCUGACCCCAUCAAGCGGUACUAAUAUUAUAUUCGGCGUUGUGGUCGUGAAUGAUGGCUCCUGGUACAAUAACACAACCGGUGAAUUUACUGCACCUUUAUCUGGCAACUAUUUGUUUACGGGCGCUUUGUGUCCGCAAAGAAGUACGUCGUUCUACUUUGGUAUAACGCUUAACGGGGUAGAGCAGACCCGUGCUGAAUACUUCGAGAGUGACGGGCAUGUGUGUCACUCAUAUACAUCGGUUUUACAGCUCAACGCUAAUGACAAGGUCGCCAUAAAGUCAGUUCAUCCCUACAACGAGUUAUUUGAAGAUCACAGUCGCUGGAACAUCUUCUCUGGUGUUAAACGUUAGGUCGGAAUCAAAGUUUAAAAAAACCUCAAUGCAUGCAAACUCUACAAAAGGACCAUUUCCAAAUUAUUGUUAGAUGUUAUUCUAUAUAUUCAAAAGAGUUCAAUUGAUUAAAAGCUUGUUGUUGUUGUUUUAAAAUUCUGCAAACAUGGCAUAAACAUAAACGCAACAUAAACGCUAUCAAUAUCGUUUUCGUGGUUCACAUAUAAUCACCAUGAUUUUUCCAAGCGAUUAUUUUAAGAAUGUGUUUGCGAACAUAUAUAUUGUCAAAACUGUCGAUUCCUUGAGGAAGCAUCUCGAUACAAAGCCAUCGUAUGUAGGCAUCUUAUUGGCUAACGGAACGCUUUCCAAAAAAUAAACAUCUAAGGAUAAACCUUAGAUCCUAAUGAUUAAGCGUAUAUUACGAUAUUAUUUUAACUAGUCUGAAGAUAUCGAUGCUUCAGUGUUUCGGUGAAGAUCUCUUAUAGCAAUCUUGCUGGCGAUGCGGUUUUCUUUUCUAAUUUAAUUUGUUAUUUUAUGGCUAAAUUGCAGGCUUGUGAAAGGCUUUUCAAGUGUUUCGAGUAUGAUA